UUUUAACUAGCUAGUAGAUUAAAUCAUUAAAACCCAAGUGCGUAAAUCACAAAGUUCAAUACUUUUAAUAAAUUACAUGAUUUAAUUCUAGGUAGGACUGAUUUUGGAAGAUUAUUAUUUUCCAUUUGUGUAAUUGUUUUACAUGAAUUAAGCACCACUAAUGUUGGAAGAGGAGCAUAUGAAUACUGAUCUGCAUGAAUUAAAAAAAUACAAGAGCCAAAUCUUUUUCUCCCGCACUCUCUCUCUCUCUCUCUCUCUCUCUCUCUCUCUCUCUCUCUCUCUACCAUGGAGAACAAUAAUCAGCCAUUGUCAACAAACCAUCUCCAAGGCCCUGUGAGACCACCAAAUAACUCUUCUGCUUCAUCCUUCACUGAAGGUGCCCAUGACAUACCACCUAUUUCAGGAAUUCAAGUUUUCUUCAGAGAAUUCAUUGUUGAAUCAAGAAAGCUUUGGUACCUCGCCGCUCCGGCCAUCUUCAUAUCCUUGGGUCAGUACUCCCUAAGUUUCAUCACUCAGAUCUUCGCCGGCCACAUUGGAACUCUCGAGCUGGCCGCUGUUUCCGUCCAGAAUUCCAUCAUCACAGGAUUCUCUUUUGGUGUCAUGUUGGGAAUGGGGAGCGCACUAGAGACUCUAUGUGGACAAGCGUUUGGAGCCUCACAACUGGACAUGCUUGGGGUCUACAUGCAGAGGUCAUGGAUCAUCCUCACCACCACAGCCUUUUUCAUUAUGUUCUUCUACAUCUUCGCGGCCCAAUGUCUGAAACUCAUCGGGCAGACUAGGGAGAUAUCUGAGGCGGCAGGGGCUAUGGCGGUGUGGAUGAUUCCACAGCUCUACGCCUACGCAGCCAACUUUCCGAUGGCCAAGUUCUUGCAGGCCCAAAGCAAGAUGAUGGUGAUGGCUGUGAUAACUGGAGUGGCUUUGGUUUUUCACACUCUCUUCAGCUGGCUGUUGAUGCUGAAGUUGCGGUGGGGCCUAAUGGGUGCCGCCGUGGUGCUCAACGCUUCAUGGUGGUUCAUCGUGGUGGCUCAACUCCUUUAUAUAUUUAGUGGAGCCUGUGGUCGAUCAUGGUCCUGGUUUUCAUGGAAGGCAUUUCAGAAUCUCUGGGGUUUUCUGAGGCUAUCUCUUGCAUCCGCAAUAAUGCUUUGCUUAGAAGUGUGGUAUUUUAGUGCACUAAUGCUCUUUGUUGGAUACAUGAAGAAUGCACGAAUUUCAGUGGAUGCUCUGUCUAUAUGCAUAAACAUACAGUUUUGGGUAAUGACCGUGGCACUUGGAUGCAAUGCAGCUAUAAGUGUAAGGGUGUCAAAUGAAUUAGGGGCGGUGCAUCCAAGAACCGCGAAAUUUUCAGUGGUGGUAGCAGUGGUUUCUGCAUUUAUAAUCGGUCUCAUCCCCUCCAUCGUUCUUUUGGUCAGUCGAAGAGUGUACCCUUCCUUGUUCUCCAACAAUGUAGAGGUUCAAGAACUUGUGUAUGAGCUCACACCAUUGCUAGCAAUUUGCAUUGUCAUUAACAGUGUUCAACCUGUUCUCUCUGGUGUGGCUAUUGGAGGUGGAUGGCAAGCUUUUGUUGCUUAUGUAAAUGUUGUGUGCUACUAUGUUUUUGGCAUUCCUAUGGGCCUCAUAAUGGACUACAAACUCAAAAUGGGUGUAAAGGGGAUUUGGUAUGGCAUGCUGAUAGGAACAAUGUUACAAACAUGUGUAUUGUUCUGUAUGGUUUACAGAACCAACUGGAAUAAAGAGGUUUCUAUUACAGAAAAGAGAAUAAAACAAUGGGGAGGAGAACCGAUCGUCAGAAAAAAUGAUGUGGAGAAUUAAUCAACUAAACUCAAUAAUAAUAUGAAAUUACAAGUACAAGUUUGCAGAUGUCGAAAAAAUUCAAUUGCAGAGAGGAGAAAGCAACAAUUUUUCCACUGCAACAAAUUUUUACUCAAGUGCAUCACAUUGUCAUCUGAUAGUAAAAUCUAAGUUUGAAAAAACUCGAAAUUUCUACAAGUGUACAGAGACUUUCACUCAAGUGCAUCACACUUGUCAUCAGGUAAUAAAAGCUACUUUGAAAAAGCUUAUGCCAACUACCGAAAAAAAUAUAUAUCAUUACAGUAACAAAGCAUUUACCAUAACUACUGAGAGGAGAGGAAGAUUGGAGAAAUGGACAAAUAUUGGGAUUGACCGAAAAUUUAAUAUAGCUAAGGUAAAGUAAAUUUAAUAAUGCAAAUUGAGGCUUUUAUUGUUGGAUUAAUCUAGAAGAUUAGUUUCUAUAAUUUAAAUCAGUUGAAAAAUAAUUUAGAAUAAUGAUAUACUCAAUUUUGACUAGCUCAAAGUCAACUCGUAACGAUGGCGCUAAUUAAAAUCAUUUUCAUUUUUCAAAUUAGGAUUUGAUUUUAUUAUUUUAGGAGUAGAUACUCAAUUUUGAGUACCACUGGCUGUAGCCGCUGUCUCUAUCUACCACUCCUAUUCUACGGAUGGCGGCAGGAUCCCAUGAACCAAUAAUUCUAAGGCAACCCGGAAGUGGCGGCCUAUUCCCUAACUUCCACUUUUCUCUGUCUGACACCAAACAAAAUAAAUUUAUUUUUUUAAAAUUAGGGUUUGAUUUUAUUAUUUUAAGGGUUUUUAGAAUAAUUAUAAUAGUUGGAA